AUGGAUACAGGCGAUCUAAAUUUACCAGCAUAUAAAUAUCAACUCGAACAGGUGGAGUUAGCGUUAAAAGCAAAACCUGAUGAUCCAGAACUUCUCAAACUUAAAGAAGAUCUUGAAGAAGUUAUUAAUUUAACCGCUGAUUUACUUGGUUGUGAUCCAUCAACAUUAAAUUCUAAUGAGCCAACAGCGUCAUCAUUCUUGAAUGAAGCAGCACAGAAUUCUGCUUCGUCACAAGCAACGUCAUCAUCGACUCGUACAGCUAUUAAAUGGAAAACAGGUGAUCGUUGUUUAGCACCAUGGAAUGACGAUGGAAAAUACUAUGAAUGUACAAUUGAGGAUGUACUCGAUGAUGGUACAUGUACAAUUAUUUUUGAUGGAUUUGAAUCGAUGCCAUUAACGGUUGUCCGAGUGUCAAAGUUAAGACCAUUUGAUCGUACACGCGCAGAUUUCAAUGCCAUUAAAUCAGUUAAUAAUCGAUCUAAAACAAAACGUGAACUGGAACAACGCUUACGUGAACUUAGACAUAAGAAAAAAGAAAAGAGAGCAACAAAACUAAAAGAAGCUGAAGAAGAACGUGAAAAGGAUAAAAAGCGAUGGACUGAUUUUAAUUCAAAGUUAACCGGUCGAACAUGGAAAGGUGUUGUUUCAAAAUCUAUGGUUAAAACCGAUAAACGUAGUGAAAAUCUACGUGGUACAACCAAUGGAAAUUUAGUAUCCAACUAUAGACCAGCUAAUCCAAGACCUUAA